CAGGUGAGACAUCUAUGAGAAAUGAAACCCUGCACAGUGAGCGUCUCCGCAGGGCAGUCACUAAAUUCCAGGGGUUUCAGUUCGGCGACGUAAUGGGCGUGUCUAGAGGGUGUGUCGAAGUCUCCCCCUUACAAAAAGAAAGAGGUCACCGAACAUGCGCAAAAUGCUUUCUUUUGGCGCUGGCGCUUUAAAUUCUAAAGAAGGACUGCAGUGAUGGAUAAACAACAAAACAAUCGUAUUGGUAAGCUAUUUUGAAUAAUCUUACUUACUUUUUACAGUAGUGUGAAUGUGCUGACCUGAUCGUGAUUUAUUAACUGUACUUUAUUUUGUAUAUUUUCGUGUUAUAUCAGUUAAACUGUGUGAAUGAAAAAUAUAAUUUAAACUAAAGUACUAACGUUAAACCUCUUCAAAUGAAUAUAUAUUGUAUUCUAUUAGACUGGCUUACAUCAGCUUUUAAAAUAUGUACACAAACGAAAGACUACAUCACAGGAAUUGUUUCUUCGGAGAACGAGCUGAAACACCUGCUGGAAAGCCACAAGCGGGCAUCUGGCACAUUUUACACUGUGUGGUCUGAUGACAGUCAGAAAAAACUAAAAGUGACACCCCGCUGUCUUUGGCAAGUGGAAGACUAUUCAGAGCACAUCCCACUCUCUGUGAAAAGGAGGGUGAUAUAUGCCUGUCAGCAUGGAAAAAACUACAAGACACAAACAACAGAUGAUCUGCAUACUGAACAUGAAUACACCAGAAGAAAAAUGUUUCAUAUUCAAAACAGCAAGAAAGUGGAUUGUCCAGCAAAACUUUAUGUACGAUAUGUAGUAAGAUAUGACCAGUUUGCUGUGAGUAAAACAUGUUCUAGAGCUAAAAAACAAGCUGCAGUUAAGGGUGUUCUGGAGUCAUUAAAAGAAAACACCAUCAUAACUUCAGAGAUCAUCCAUGUUAAAAUACCUUUGACAGAAGCACACAAAAACCACAACACCUCACAAAACUGUCAUUUCUCGAAUAACAUCCACCACAUGGUGCGUGACAAAAUACAGGAAUAUGUGUCACUUGGAAUAACCUCAGUCCCUUUCCUAAAGAAGGUUCUGAAAACGUUUGUCCAAAAAGAGCUUUCAGAGAUGGGAAGUGUUUUACCACAUUCCGAAGACCCAUCUUACUACUCCUCAAGCCAUGUUAUCCAAAAUUAUGUUCAUUAUGCCUUGGUUUCUGAAAAAUACUCUGGCUUUGAUCAACUGCUGCUAGAAAAAAAAAUUGAUGAAUGGAAAUUAGCAGAUCCAAGUGCCAAGUUUUUUUUCCGGAAAUGCACAGAGAACGACAGUGAUCAGACUAUUCCGAAGUUUGAAGUGAAAACAGGAGACAAAGGAUUUCCAGCAUCUGAAGACUCUGAUUUGGAUGAUAAAGACACCCAGGAAAUGACAUUAACACAAGAAACAUUCUUGUUUAUUCAUCAGAAUGUUCAACAGCAGGAAUUACUUGAGCGUUACGGAGAUAUGGUCCUUCUUGAUGCCACUUAUCGAACAACCAAAUAUGCAUUGCCCCUGUUCCUGGUUGUUGUUCGAACAAAUGUUGGAUACAAACCCAUUGCUGAGUUUAUUUGUGAAAAUGAGACAACCGCUGCAAUAACUGAAGCGCUUAACAUCUUGAAACAGUGGAAUCAGCAUUGGGAGCCAAAGUACUUUAUGCUUGAUUAUUCACAACAGGAGUACCAAGCUUUGGAAUAUGUAUUUCCAAAUGCUCAGAAGUAUCUAUGCUCAUUCCAUCGUGAGCAAGCUUGGAAACGAUGGGCAAGACAAGAGGUGGUGUAAGGCUUAUGCACCACAUGGAUUUGCUGUGGCAGUUACCACCAACAAUAGAGUUGAGGCACUCAACAAAUCAUUGAAGAGCUUCUACCUCAGAUUUUCUGGUACAGGAAGUCUUACAUCUUUGCUUGAAACUCUAGUGUGUGAGUUUGUCCCAGAGCAGUUACUAUCAUACUGUAGACUCAACUUCACCUACAGCAGUGAAUGCAAGACUUACAAUCCAGAAGUUCCUGCAUUCUUGAAAGACAGACCAAGAAGUUUUGUCAAGCAUUGCUUAAACAGUAUCAGUGCAGCUUCCUGCUAUUCCAAAGAGCAUAUAGAGGUGCUUGGAAAGGAAUCAUUUAAGGUCAAGAGUGAGAUAACCUCUGCAUGGU